AUGGAUGAACAACUUGCGCUGGGUUUACCAAGAAGUAAGAAGGUCCUCAAGGGCAGCCAGACAAAUAGCGCGCCCACCAUUCACAUUGUAAUGCAGAGGGUUAGGCUCAUUGCAUCUUGUCUUGGUCUUGGUGUCGGUCUCAGCCUUUUGUCAUAUCGUAAUCGUCCCAAUGCCAAUCCCACUCCAAAAAGCUUCCAAAGAUAUAUAGAACCUAGGAAGAUGUGUAAAGUGAAAAGAAGGAUUUCACCGUCUCCUCCUUCCGGGUAA